AUCCCGGGGCUAGUAGGGAGAGAAGAGGAAGGAUCUUGUGCAGCGCGGCCAUGGCGAACCAGGGAGCGAAGAAGGUUGUGGAGAAGAACAAGCAGCGCAUGGAGCUCCUCUGGCGCAUAAUCCUCGGGUCCAACAUUUUCUACAUAGUAGUGAGGAUGGCCAUAAUGUACUCUUCCUUCACCUGGAAGCAUUGGUUUGGCCUCGUGGUGACAUCUGCUGCAUAUUUUCUUUCGUACAAGCAACUCGCUAGUAUGACAAAGCCAGAAUAUUCUGAUUCGGGUGAAAAAGAACUGCUGAGUGCUGGCUAUGAUAUGCGCACUGGAGGGAUUUCUGAAUAUUUAGAAGAUGUGAUAUACAUCACAGUGUUUGUGCAGCUUGCGUCCAUUAUUUCUGGAAAAUUUUGGUGGACAUAUCUUGUGAUACCAGCUUUUGGUGGAUACAAGAUUUUUGGUCUGUUGAGAGGAACAUUUUUCGGUGGUGGUUCAGAGGGUGAAGUUGAAGAUGAGAAGUCCCGAAAGAAAAGGGAGAAAAUGGAAAAGAAGGCAUCUAGAGGGAAGAUGGUCAAAACGAGGACUCGUUGAUAUGAGAUACCCAAUUCCUUGGAAGGGUAGGUUUGGUAUUUUCAUAUUGUAGCUGUCCAACUGGAGUGCAAGCUGUCAGCGCUUUCGCCGUCACAGAUGAUAUGAUUCUUGUAUCAUAUGAUCCGACAGCUAGCACAGUUAGGUAUGAAUACCAUCAUUGGUAUUUGUAUAUUUCCUGAUACUUCUGUUCUGCCCCAAGUUAUGUAAACCAACAAUGAGGCAUGGUAACUGAGAAAUCGUAGUGACACAGUUGAGACAUAGUUUUUUCUUUGCUA